GGAAACUUAGCCUCAAUGUUAAACAGGAACAAAAGAAUGUAGUAGCCUACAGGGAUAUUGUAGUGAUAAUAAUAAUAGUAGUACUCCUUGUAGAUCAGACUAUAGUCCUGUACGGUGAUCAGGGUGCCCCUGACAAAGCUCACAGUAGCAAAACGUCUGUUGGGGUAGGUACGCAUGGACUUGGCACCACACAUAGUUGUAAGAUUUUUGCCUUGCCUGUACCUUAGGAUUUUCUAGCAUUACCUUAGUAACCUGUUUACCACUGCAGCCUAUUUAUUUGUUAUUUCAUAUACUUUGGGUACAUUUUUGGUUCUAAUUUCUGCCUGUAUUCUGUAUAUACAUCCUGAGUUUCUGUGUUCACGUUACCUCUAUUGUUUAAUAAAGGUAUAUUUUGUUUAAACUUAGUUUGCAUGUGUGCACUCCUUUAUAUAAGUUUUUUUUUCUUUUUAUAGCGCUUUACGACGGCAGCACCCAGAGCACCUACAGCUAACUAAUCUACGGCCAUUAGACAGAUACUUAUAUUUACUAGUUGGUGGAGUCAUUUUAGCUAGUACAUCUAUGGGCCAUUAUGCCAUAUUGUUAUUCCUUCCAGCCUUGGGUGCUACAGUAUUGUUUCACACAGUUCGCUCCCACUCCAUUCACAGAUGGGCCUUUUUGCUGCAGAUGACAUGGCAAACCGUUUGUCAUCUAUGGGUAAUGUACAGACAGUACCACGUAAAGGAAAUAAUGACUAUAAAGGUGUCCAUCAUGAUUUCCUCUCUUAUGCUGCUGACUCAAAAAAUCACAUCUCUUGCGAUGGAUAUCCAUGAAAAAAAAGUCAUUGUAAGCGUAAAGGAUGUCAUGGAGUCGAAGGAGAAAGAGCGUCAUCGUCCUCCGCCAUGCUCCAUACUAGUUGUCCUCUCCUACUUGCUGUUUUUCCCAGCACUUCUGGGCGGUCCAUUGUGCUCAAUUGUGGAAUUCCAGCAGCAGAUCAAUAACUGUAAAGUGUGUGAUUACCCUGGGCACAUAUGGACUAUAGUUAAAACCUUCAUAUUCUUCUUCUUCUUUCAUAUACUACAAAGUAUAAUAACUGACUACAUAGCCUUUCAGUACAACCUUACAGGCUGUAGACAGUGGGAAUGCGUAUAUGUAAUGUGGAGCACAGCAUUGGUGUUUAAGCUGACCUACUACUCUCACUGGCUGCUGGAUGAAGCCCUAUUUUACAGUGCAGGCUUUUAUGUAGGAUCAUGCUUCUAUGCAGAUUUUACUGACAGCAACAUCUAUACCUUAGAAACAACCAACAGAAUUUCAUUGUUUGCCAGAAACUGGAAUAAAAGCACAGCCAAGUGGCUUAGAAGACUCAUAUUCCAAAACUGCUCGAAGCAACCAUUACUGAGCACAUUUGCUUAUUCUGCUUGGUGGCAUGGGCUGUACCCUGGACAGAUUUUUGGCUUCCUGUGUUGGGCUGUGAUGGUAGAAGCCGAUUACAGGAUACAUGCCAAGUUAAGCAUUAUCUCUAAAUCGCCAUAUAUCGUAUUUCUCUGUAAUCUCGUAACUUGGUUCCAGACACAAAUGAUCAUUGCUUUUAUUAUGUUGGCCGUAGAGAUGAGGAACAUAACAAUGCUAAAAGCACUCCUCUUAUCUUAUAACAGCUUUUUUCCUCUUUUGUAUGGUGUGUCUCUGAUAUUCUUGAUGAAAUUAAAACCAUAACAUUAUACACCCUGCCAAUACACCAUAUUAGCUUUAAAGCCUGUGCAUAUAUUACAUGGUUGGCCAUUCCUCUGCCAUGGAAAUGUUAAGCUUCCUAUUAGCAGCUGCUUGUCUGAAGAUAGAGAAGCAGGACCCAUGGUAACUUGCUGGGCCUUCUUCUAUUUAGAAGGGAUUGUCUUUGUGGGACAAACCGUUUAGUGUUAGAAAUGUGGUCAAUGUCACGAUGGUACAAUGUGUA